AUGAGUGGGAAAUAUAAUGGUAUGCAGGCCAUUAUUCAGCAACAUUGUAGCCUAGCACAGUACAUACCCUGCGUUGCACAUUCCCUUAAUCUUGUUGGACAAUCAUCUGCCAGUUGUUGUCAAGAAGCAUCAAGAUUCUUCAACUUCCUCCAACGAUUGUACUCUUUCUUUGCUGCUUCAACGCAUCGUUGGAAAGUUUUAACCGACCAACUUUCAAGCAAGAGACUUCCAACGGUUAAACGUAUGUCUGAUACUCGAUGGUCAGCACGUGCAGAUGCUACAAAAGCUCUAGUAAUAGGAUACGAGGAAAUUAAUGCUGCUUUAGACGAGAUCCAUGAUGAUCAAGAUGAGAAGCCUGAAGCCAAAAAUGAAGCCAAUAGUCUUGCGUCUGAUAUGGCCCAGCUUGAAAUUGGAAUUCUGGCAGCAUUAUGGCAUCAAAUCUUGCAACGAUUUCAGAGAACAAGUCAGAUCCUGCAAUUAGCUGAUCAAGAUCUCAACACUGCUGUUGCAUUAUAUGAAUCGCUGAUUGAGUUUGUCCUUUCACUGCGAACCAGAUUUGAAGAAUUUGAAGCCAAAGGAAAGGAGCUCAGUGAAUGUGAUCAAUAUAAAGAAGAGAUCAAGCGCGUGCGUAAACGAAAUCGUCGUAACGACGAGCCAGGAUCAGCACCUGAUUUGUUGCAGAUUCCAGCCGACAAGUUUCGCACAGGUACUUUCCUUGUAAUAAUCGAUAGUCUGUAUGCUGAGUUGCGAAAACGACUGAGCGCUUACAUCAACAUUGCUGAAAAGUUUGGCUUUCUGCGAAAGCUUACAGAUCUGCCAGCUGAAGACGUGUUGGAAAACGCACAAAGAUUGCAAAAAGCAUUUUCCACUGACCUCGAAGUCAAUUUGGGUGAUGAAUUGCUCCAGUUUUCUAGCUUUCUCAACACAGAAUUCGUGAAAAGAGCAUUAGAUGCGAGUCAUGCAGCUGCACCUCAUUAUUCUUCAGCUCGAAUUGAAUCUUCUGCUCAGCCUAGUGAAGACCAUGACAUCGAUGUAACAUCCGAUGAUGAUGACGACAUCAAAGUGAACGUAGACUCCCUAGAACUGCGUAUAUACAGGUUUCUUGUGGGAAAUAACCUGGAAACUGUAUUUCAAAACACUGUUAUUGUGUUUCGCAUUUACCUCAGUAUGAUGAUAUCAAAUUGUUCUGGUGAACGGUCGUUCUCGAAAUUAAAGCUAAUAAAAGAUCAUCUUCGUUCAACCAUGACAUAG